AAAAUUUGUAAAUUCAUUGAGGGGAAAUAACAAGAGCGAGCCAAGAAAGGAAGAGACAGAGAAGUUAAAAAAAAGUAUUAGAGAGUUUAAAAUACCGUUAAAAAGAGUGAGACCAAUUGAGUCAGUGACCAUAAACCUAUGCUACAGCCAGAGCAACAACAAUGGCAAGUAAGCCUGAGCUUCAGCCUGGGCUACAUGGCCCAGAAGUGCCUCUCCAUGAGACACCUCAAGCAAAUCCACGCCCGCUCAAUCGUCACAAACCUACACCACCACGCCAUCGUCUUCGCCAAGCUGUUCCGCUUCGCCGCUGUCUCACCCUCCGGUGACUUAAACUACGCUCACCGCCUGUUCUGUCAAAUGCCCCAACCAACCACCUUCUUGUACAAUACCCUCAUCCGGGGUUACUCUAAAAGCUCGUCGCCUUCGCAAUCGGUUCUUCUGUUUAACCAGAUGAGGCUAAACAGCCUCAGCCCAGAUGAGUUUACCUUCACAUUUUUGCUGAAAUCGCGGUCAAGAAUGAAAAUUGAUGUGCCUUCGAUAAUGGCGUCCGAUGAGAUUCACGGGGUCGUGUUAAAGUUUGGGUUUUGCUCACAUUUGUUUGUACAGAACGCAUUGAUUCAUAUAUACGGGGCGAGAGGGAUACCGCUUGCGGCAAGGCGAGUUUUCGAUGAGGCGGUGGCUCCAGAUGUCGUUUCGUGGUCGGGUUUGGUUAGUGCGCAUGUGAGAGCGGGGGAAUUGGACUUUGCACGGCAGGUGUUUGAUGAGAUGCCUGAGAGGGAUGUGGUUUCUUGGACCGCUAUGAUUUCUGCCUAUUCGCAAGCAAAGUAUUCGAGGGAAGCGCUUGAGUUGUUUUGGGAGAUGAAUCGGGCGGGAGUGAGACCCGACGAGGUCACCAUGGUGAGUGUGAUCUCAGCUUGCACGGAUUGGAAAGAUGUGCAAACGGGGAUAUGCAUCCACCAAUAUAUUGAUGAGAAUGGGUUUGCAUGGAUGGUUUCACUUUGCAAUGCGCUAAUUGACAUGUAUGCAAAGUGUGGAUGCAUGGAUCGAGCGUGGCAAGUAUUCAAUAAGAUGAACCAGACGAGCUUGGUCACUUGGAAUUCGAUGAUUUCAGCUUGUGCAAACCAUGGCAAUGCUGAUGAUGCAUUCGGUUUGUUCGAGAGUAUGAUUAGUGCCGGUUUUCCUCCAGACGGGGUCACGUUUCUAGCCCUUUUAGUUGCUUAUACACACAAGGGAUUGGUAGACGAAGGGCUCUGGCUAUUUGAUAGAAUGCAAAAAGACUACGGAAUCAAGGCACAAAUUGAGCAUUACGGGUGUGUGGUAGAUAUGUUAGGCAAGGCAGGGCGGUUGGAGGAAGCAUACAAUUUGAUUAGCAGUAUGCCAGUUCCAGGCAAUGAUGUCGUUUGGGGAACGCUCCUCACAGCGUGCAGAACUUAUGGUGAUGCUGAUAUGGGCGAGAGGGUUGUGAAGAGGCUGUUAGAGUUGAAGCCAGAUGAAGGUGGCUACUAUAUUCUCCUUCGUGAUAUUUAUGUUGCUGCUGGAAGGACUGCGGAAGCAAAUGCUAUGAGGCAAACCAUGAUGGUUAACGGUGCUAGUAAGACUCCCGGAUGCAGUUGGGUGGGAGCAUAAGGUUUAACAUCAAAUGCUCUGUCCGCCCUGGUCGUCCCGCAGUUAACCGAUCCUGUUUUUGAUGUUCUCCUCAGAAAUGAAUCCAAUCAGUCUUCCAAUUA